AUGACCAGUGUGUUCAAGAACGGUCGAAUCUUUGCACCUUCGCAGUCCUCCGCCGGCAACGGCAAUGAAUUUGCCGAGGGCAUGAUCAUUGAGGGUGAUAGAAUUGCCUACGUCGGCCCUCUGGAAAAUGUUCAAGUCCCAGAGCAUGCCAAUGUAAUCGAUCUACAAGAACGCAUUGUGCUUCCCGGCUUCAUCGACGGCCAUGUGCAUAUUCUGCAAUACGGCCAGUCCCUACGCAAGGUCAACCUGAUCGCCUGCACAUCUCUUGAGCAAAUUCGCGAGGCCAUCAAGUCCUAUGCUACAUCUCAUCCUUUCGUUCCACGUAUACUGUGUCGAGGCUGGAUUCAGUCUUCUACUGAUGGAGUCGCACUGGCGACCAUGUUGGACGACAUUGACCCGCGUCCUAUUUAUAUCGAUUCAUUCGAUUUACACUCUAUGUGGUGCAACUCGGCCGCGCUCGACGAGAUGCAAGCGCAUUCCGCUCCAGAUUUGCCCGGGGGCUCUAUCCAUCGUGAUGAGAAUGGAAGAGCCUCAGGGUUAAUGAGCGAGGCGGCACUGAUGAAUCUUGCUUGGCCGUAUCUAGAAAGCACUACUUCAACUAAGGAUAAGCUGAGUGCCUUGGACAUGGCCGUUGCUGCAUACACUGCUGCAGGGUAUACCGGUCUCGUCGAUAUGGCCAUGGACGAAGGGACAUGGGAGAUUCUAAACUUCUAUCGCCGGGACAAGAAUAUUCCCUUUCAUAUUGCUGUCCACUGGCUGGUUCCAUUCUCAGAUAAUCAGCGAGGGAAUUUCCGCUAUGUCGACCGUGCUAUUGAACUGAAGCGAAAAUUCACCCAGCCCGAAUUUUGCGUCGCUGGAAUCAAAAUAAUCUGCGAUGGGGUUGUUGAUGGAUGUACCGCUGCCCUGCGACAGCCAUAUACAGGCAAGUCCGAUCCAGUCGAGCCUAUCUGGCCGGCAGAUAUGCUGCAGGAAGUGGUACAACUUGCAGAUUCAGCCGGACUUCAAUGCGCCAUCCACGCGAUUGGCGACCAGGCAAUCCAUCGGGCAAUCAACGUGCUUUCGAAGGUCGGCACGCCAGGAAGGAGACAUCGGAUCGAGCAUCUCGAACUCACUACCUCGGAAGAUGCUAAAAGGCUCGGCGAGCUGGGAAUCACGGCAUCAGUUCAACCAGUUCAUUCUGAUCCUGCAUUAUUCAAAGCUUGGCCUGGACUAGUUGGUCCCGAGCGCUGUAAGCGAGCGUUUGCAUAUAAAGAGUUCCUGGAUGGGGGAGCCCCUCUUGCGAUCGGUACCGAUGCUCCCACUGCUCGUCACUUUCCAUUCCCUAAUCUGUAUAAUGCUACGACCAGACGGUCGGCGCUUGAACGUGACACCGAGGCCACAGUCAAUCCUGAUUUUGGUUUGAGCUUGGGUGAGGCGGCUACGGCUGCCACGAAGGGCGCCGCUUACGCGCGGUUUGCGGAUUCAUGGACCGGGAGUUUGAAAUCUGGGUUGAGUGCGGACUUUCUGGUUGUCGACAUGCAGUGGACACUAGAUACACUUCUCGAAGCAAGUGUUUGCCAGACGUGGUAUCGGGGAAAGAAAGUCUUUGACUCAGAUGUUGAUUCGAGAGAACACGGUGAAUAG